AUGUAUUUCCUCCCCCUUUUUCUCUCUCGCUCUCCACCAUCGCCCUCUCUGCCCAACACGCUUUACUGUGGUGAAACCGAGGAACGUCUCCAGAAGACUUCAGAAUCAAAAUUUCGAAAAUAG